UCGCACAGAAAACAUCUCGCAGUCGAGCAUCUGGAGACCGUGGAAGAAGCGCAUUCGGCAUGUCGACUUUUUUUGUCUACUCUAGAUGACUGAGAAACCUCUUUAAUGUUUACAGUCCAGAAGACAUCUGUUAUAGGGUUUCUUCACAGCGUGAUUCUCAGAAGUGAGUCGUCUGUAAGUCAUGGCCCCCCUUCCUAUCCACCUGGUGGCGCUUCUCCUUGCCUUGUCAGUCGCAGAGCCCCUCACCACCCCCCACGGCGGCAGCGACAACGAAGUCUUAAAACACUCAGAGCUAGAAGUCCUCAAAAGUCAGAGUCUACAGAUCGAGAACGCUAUAGUGAACGUCACUGAAGUUGCGCAGGGAGACACGACAACCGCAACCCCCCUCACGACCACGGCACCCCCAGCGCCCACCUCUCCAUGCCCAGGAGGUCUGGUGUUGGUGAGGGGAGAUGCAGGCUGCGUGUGUCCUCUAGGCAUGGUGCAAAUCGGAGACAACUGUACCUGCGCUGUGGGAUUCACCCAGCAGGGGGCAGCAGAGUGUCAUGGUGAGUCUACGACGUGGUCUACGCAAAUGUGGUACGGGCGUCAUGGUGACAGAAUUGUGAACUGUGAUAUUGAUGAGUGCAAAGGGGAUGAACCAGGUCCAUGCGGUCUCCACGCCAACUGCACAAACACACCUGGUUCUUACCUGUGCAGCUGUCUCCGUGGUUACCUGAUGGGCUCAGAGGGAUGUCAGGAUGUAGACGAGUGUGCGCUGGCUGUGAUAACAGGGCUGCAGGCCUGCGGUCACGAGGCACAGUGUACGAACAGCCCAGGCUCCUUCUCCUGCACCUGUGCCACUGGAUACGUCAUGGCCUUGAAUGGAAAGAGCUGUGUAGAUGUGGACGAGUGCAGUUUUGAGGAGCAUUGUCGCCGGGAGCUGGGCAACGUGUGUGUGAACACCCCCGGAAGCUUCCGCUGUCAGUGCCAAGCCGGCUUCAGAGCCGAGGCUCCGGCCUGCGUGGACGUGGACGAGUGCGAGGCCAGCCCAGAUGUGUGUGUCGGUAAGGGCGUGUGUGAGAACACCCUCGGGAGUUACAAAUGCGUUUGCCAGCGAGGUUACCGUGGUGACGGCACAUACUGCGAAGACGAAAACGAGUGCACGUCUGGUCGUCACGGCUGUGACAUCAACGCUCACUGUGGGAACAUCAUUGGUUCUUACUUCUGCCAGUGCUACCAAGGGUUCAACGGGGACGGGCACUCCUGUUACGAUGUGGAUGAGUGUGCGUUGGGGAAUGGUCAUUGUGAGCACAACUGCACUAACGAACCCGGGGGGUACAGCUGCCUGUGUGACACGGGCUACCAGCUAGCCCAGGAUGGACACAACUGUACAGACGUAGACGAGUGUUUGACGAGGAACGGAACCUGUGAGCAGCUCUGCACCAACACUCAAGGCUCCUUCCUCUGCUCGUGUCGUCCUGGUUACCAGCUACACAUCGACGGACACAGCUGCGUGGAUAUUGAUGAGUGUAAGCUCCAGAAGGGGGGGUGCUCUCACGACUGCCUAAACACCCCGGGUGGACACACCUGUCACUGCCCCCCCCCUCUCCUGCUGGGCCCAGAUAACCUCUCCUGUGUCAAUGUGACGUCAUGUGACCUGAGAAACGGCGGCUGCGAUCACGUGUGUACCGUGCGGGCGGAGGGACGCCUCUACUGCAGCUGCAAGGCAGGCUGGGAACUGGCCCCCGACCUGAGGAGCUGUCUGGAUGUGGAUGAGUGUGGGGACUUCACCAAUGGAGGCUGUGAGCAGCUGUGUGUGAAUCACCCAGGAGGGUUCAACUGCUCCUGUAGGGAGGGCUAUGAGUCUCGCACCGAUGACCUCACCAAGUGCAAGCCCAUAUGCAAUCUGCCGUGUCAGAACUAUGGGGUGUGUGUAGCCCCAGACACCUGUGACUGUCCUGCAGGUUACCCUGGAGAUGGGUGCUCAGCCAGUUGCUCUCCACCCUGUGCUCACGGGGGCACCUGCAUGCGCUGGAACAUGUGUCAGUGUUCCACCGGCUGGAGUGGAACCGGCUGCCACACAGCAGUGUGUGAGCAGCCUUGUGCCAACAGGGGGCGCUGUGUGGGUCCAGACACCUGCCAGUGUCCCUCCGAUUACAGCGGGCCCCAGUGCCUUUCUCCCCUCUGCACGCCGUCCUGUCAGAAUGGAGGAAGGUGUGUGGAUGUCAACAAAUGUAUUUGUGUCGAAGGGUGGCAAGGAACUCACUGCCAGAUAGAACCUGUGCUGUGCCACAAGGCUUGUAAGAAUGGUGGUGUUUGUGUGGGCCUCAACAGAUGCCGUUGUCCCAGUGGGUUUUCCGGAAGUUUCUGUGAGACAGCGAUCAUCACGCCGUGCGUGCCCCCUUGCCAACACGGCGCCGCCUGCAGUCCUCACAACACGUGCACAUGCCCUGAGGGCACAGCGGGGCAUCGCUGCGAGAGACUAACAUGUCCUGUGGUCACCAUGACAGUCAGUAUGGCCCGGGCGGUCAGGAAAGGAGUAAGGGAGAGCUAUGUGGACCGCUGUGGGCCUCUGGGAGUUCAGCUAUGCACCAAAUACAGAAUCAAUCAGGCUCGUGUGUACGUCCAAGCCUACAGAGUGGGUUACAAAAUCCAGUGUCCAGAGAAGAAAGGGAGAUGAACAGUCUGUAUGGUCUUCACCAGAUCUACGCCAGCUUGUUUUUUCAAGCUCUGGUGAAACUCCACGGUGUUGGGCUCCAACAGAGACGAUUAUAUGAAACCCCAUCAAGCCAGCUUCUAGCCAGGCUGCAUUGAAUGACAUAAGAGUCUUAUCGCUCCCAUAAGAGACUGCAUCAUUGAGUGUGUUAACCAAAGUUUUCUGUGAGCCAUGUGCCUUGUUUUGUAACAUGUAAACUAAGUAAAGGCAGCUGAACGUGAAAAAA